GUGUCCUCCGUGGGACUGUCCGAGGAUUCGGCGUUCGGUGAGAGAAGUCUCCGAUUGCGAGUUCCAGAGAACAAGUUUUCAGUUCGACGAAUGGAUAAUGCAGGCCGCUUCACAUUUGAAAGGGUCUAUGGAACGAGAUACGCGCUCUUUAACUCCUCGACCGUGUAGCCCAAGAGUCGGCUCAGGGACAGAAGAGGGACUUAAGCGCCCACUCCGCAGCAAUAAUGUCAAUCUUGGACAUGAGUUAUCGAUGCAUGGCGUGGACCGCAUCUUCUUCACGCUCGGAACCCAUCUGGAUGACGGACUCACGUGCGCCGGAUAAUAGGGAUUCCCUCGAAUGUCGGUCAAAAUCUAAUGGGCUAGUGAUAACGGACGGCUUGAUUUCCUCAACAGACAAGCUCCACUCACGCUUGAAAUCAGAAAUCACUGCUUGGAACACCAGUGCUACCGCUGCUGGAGUCGUAACCGUUCUCCUUGCCGGCAUCGCGACCUCGAUCCUCGGCAUAUAUCGCUCCGAUACGGCCGUCAACCUAAAAACAGGCCGGGUUGUCACGGCAUUCCGGAUAGUAUCCUACUUGGCUAUCCAGUGCAACACUCUCGCGACAGUUGCGUCUCUUUGCUUCAUAGACCGAUUGGGCGACUUGCCCAUCCACGCAGAAGAGGACGACAAACCGACUCAAGGAAAGCUACCUAAUCAGGGGCGUUUGGGGACGCUUAGUUCGUUUGGAAGGGCCUCAUACGGGGUGAUUUUCGGACAAUGGAUGGCCUAUCUUGCUCUAGGCACGAUAUUUCUAUUUCUACAGAUCUUGCUCUUCAUCGCCCUCGAAGAGAGUCACCUGACCGCUAUCUUGAUGGGCUCGGUCAUCUUCAUUCUGGGCGGAGCUCUCAUCGCGACUACAUUUCAUGAUCGCAAAAAAAGAUAGACCGGCGUCGUAAUAGAUGUUAAAAAUUGUUAGAGCCGGACUAUAUGAAUACCCAUCGCCUU